CGGAGCUGCCGUUCCAGGCGAUUGGGGAAAUAGCUAUUCUCUAGCGGAAGAGUCAAUGGUAUUACAUCACAGCGCAUAGCAUAGUCUGCAUCCAGGAUUGGUGUAUCUGCCUCCGAAAAUCUACCCAUCUUAGCUGUCAGUUGUCGUAACCUGACGGCCAGGGCCAGCAUGCGCCGACGCCCGCUGCGAACAUGUUCGUCCGCUAUUUUCGCAGUCGCCUGCCUGUGAACUGCCGUCGACUCAUCUGCCAGCGAGGAUUCUCCGCUACCGCAUCACUAAAUGCCGACUUCACCCACGCUGUGAUAGGCGGCGGCGUAGUCGGCCUCGCCAUCGCGCGGGCCCUGGCUUCGCACCCAUCCUCCCCGCCCACGGUUCUGAUUGAGCGUCACGGCGCCGUCGGCACCGAGACGUCCAGCCGCAACAGCGAGGUGAUCCACGCGGGGCUCUACUACGGCGCCUCGGCCCUCAAGACCAGCCUCUGCAUCCGCGGCCGCGAGCAGCUCUACCGCCUCUGCGCCGCCCGCGGCGUCCCCUUCCGGCGCACCGGCAAGUGGAUCGUCGCGCAGGACGACGCCCAGGCCGCGGCCCUGCAGCGCAUCCGCGACGCCUGCGCCGCGGACACGGGCGUCCCCGUCCGCUGGGUGGGCCGCGACGAGGCCCUGCGCCGCGAGCCCGCCGUCCGCGCCCGCGCCGCCGUCCUCGAGAGCCCCACCACCGGCAUCGUCGACUCCCACGCCCUGAUGCUGUGCCUGCUGGCCGACUUUGAGAACGCCCCCGGCGGCGGCGGAGGCACGCUUGCCCUCACCACCCAGGUCCGGGACGUGCGGCCGCGCCCCGUCGCCUCUCCGGGGGGACUUCCCGGGAGCGCCGGGUGGGAGAUCGAGGUGCGUGAUGCUGGGACUGGCGAGGAGUCGACCGUCACGGCCGACUCCGUCGUGAACUCGGCCGGGCUGGGGGCCGUGGACGUGUAUAACAUGGUCGUUCCGCCCGAGCAGAGGCUACAAAUGUACUACGCCAAGGGGAACUACUUCUCGUAUUCUGGUUCGACCCCCAAGGUGAACACGCUGGUGUACCCGGCUCCGGAGCCGGGGCUGGGCGGCCUGGGCACCCACCUGACGUUUGACAUGGCCGGGCGGAUCAAGUUCGGUCCGGAUGUGGAAUGGGUGGACUCGCCGCACGACCUGGCGGUCAAUCCGGCGAGGUUGCCCCAGGCCAUCGAGCAGAUCAAGCGUUAUCUGCCCGGCAUUGACGAGACCCUCCUCACGCCGGACUAUGCCGGAAUCCGGCCCAAGCUGACGAAGCAGGGGGCGGUGGCAGCGGGGAAGGGAUUCGUCGACUUCAUAAUCCGAAAGGAGGAGGGGUAUGAAGGAUGGGUCAAUCUACUCAAUAUCGAGAGCCCCGGCUUGACGAGCAGCCUGGCAAUUGCAGAUAUGGUGAAGCGACUGUUGUAUUCAGGUUAUGAUGCCAAUUGAGCCUCCUUCCCUGUCAACGGGGACCUUCGUCUUCUUGACACCCCCUGCGAGCCAGCUGCCUAUUUUCGACGAUCGAUAUUCGUCACUAUAAACAAUUUAGAGUACAAUACAGGGAUGAUUUUGCGAUGCCACCACAGCAUAUAUGUUCUGUUCCGUGGCCCAAGAUAAAACGGAAAGCAAGCCUAUAAACUCGGCGGCUCCUGCAAGCCAAUAGAAAACUCUUGACUUUUCCCCUUUGUACAAGUGCAAGGCCCUCAGUCAGCAGCCGUCUUCGCACGGCAUCAAUCUGUAAGGCACACCUAGGA